AUGGCAACAUUAGCGGAAUCGUUCUUGAACGAUUUACAGGAAUUAGAUGAUGGAGAGGACGAUCAGCAGCAAAUAGGAGGAGCAGCAGGAGGAUCAGGAGCAGCAGCAGCAGCAGCAGCAGCAAACCCUGAGGACGAUGAGCACGAACCUAUACCUGAUGCUGUUGAGGAAUAUUUUAGGGAUAAAAGCGGCAUAAAUGCUCCUUCUGUUGUAUCUAGUCUUGCGCAGCAACCUAGAUUUAUUAGAUUAUUAGAGCAAGCAAGGGAGCUAACUCCUCAGGCUGCUGUUGCUAGUGGCGAAGAAUUGGCGUUGAUUGAAGAAUGCAAUCAGCUCGUUAUAGAUAUUGACACAGACAUAUUAGCUGUAUACCGAUUUAUUCGUGAUAUAUACAGCAUAAAAUUUCCUGAAUUGGAGUCAAUAGUUCAGGCGCCUCUUGAAUAUAUUGCUGUUGUACAAAGAAUACAGAAUCAGACGGACCUAACACAAGUAGAUUUAUCUGAUUUAUUGCCAUCACCAAUGAUAAUGGCAUUAACAGUUGCUGCUUCUCUUUCUAUCUCUAGUGGAUCAGGAGGAAACUCUAGUAAUGCAGGACGGCGUUUGCCCGAAGAGGAUUUGGAUAAGGCAAUGGCAGCAGCAAAGGAGGCCCUUUUGCUUGCAGAGAAACGCAAGGAAGUAUUACAAUAUUUAGAGAGUAGAAUGAUGUUAGUGGCACCAAAUGUCUCAGCAAUAUUAGGUGCAGCAUUAACAGCAAGAUUAUUAACAAAGGUUGGCGGUUUAGAGAAUCUAGCUAAAAUGCCGGCACAAAAUAUUAUGCUAGUUGGAUCACAAAAGAGGAGUAGUUUAUCUUUAUCAACAAAAGGAGAUGCAUCUAAUGCUUUUUCUUCCUUAUUAUGUUCUUGUGAUCUAAUUAUGCUUACUCCUCCUCCUUAUCGUAAAAGAGCUAUGCGCUUAUUAUCAGGAAGAGUAGGGUUAGCAGCAAGAGUAGAUGUAUAUGGUAAUAAGCCUGCUGCUGCUGCUGCUGCUGCUGAAGCUGCUGCAGCAGCAGCAGCAGCAGAUGCAGAUGCAACAGGGGAGGAUGCAGAACUAGAGGAAGGAAUACAAAUUAAGGAUAAUAAUAAUCCAGGGGAAGUUGGUAAACAAUUAAGAGAAGGAAUCGUACAAGCACUCAUGAAGGCACAAGAACCUCCUCCUGCCCCUAUAAAAAAAGCAUUACCUAUACCAGAAGAAAGGUCUAAGGCAAAGAGAGGAGGAAAAAGACAUAGAAGACAAAAAGAACAACAAGAAAUGACAGAAAUACAGAAACAGCUCAACAGGAUGAAGUUCGGGGAGCAAGAGGAUACAGUAGGACUAAAAGGUAAAUAA